AAGAUCGACCAAUCCUAAAUCUUAAAACAAAAACCGAAGAUUUCAAACUGGUACUAAUAAUCACUUUCAAAAAUCUUGUGUCAAAAUUGGUGCUUGAAUGAUCAAUUUGUACAAAUCAGGUGGAAACAUCUCUAGUGUCAACCGGGCAAGCGUUUCCAGAAAUUCCCCCUUUGUACGUAGAAUGGCUGGAGCUGCUUUAGCGGUUGUUGUGGAAAAGUUGAAUGAUUUUGCACCCGAGAACUUAGCCGAAAAAUGGGAUAAUGUAGGCCUUCUAAUUGAACCUUACACGAAAAGGAACAUCAACAAAAUUUUACUAACAAAUGACCUUACAGAAAACGUGCUGGACGAAGCAUUGGCUCUAAGCUCCGAUAUGAUUAUUUCUUACCAUCCUCCUAUUUUUGCUCCGCUAAAAAGGAUCACUCAAAAAUCAUGGAAAGAACGGAUUGUUUCAAUUUGUUUGGAAAACAAAAUUGCUCUGUAUUCUCCGCACACCAGUUGGGAUAGUGUUACAAAUGGUGUGAAUGACUGGUUAGCAGCAUCCUUGCCUCUAGCCAGCGCACAGCCUGUUAUAGAAAAUUUGUCUAAUCCGUCGUUUGGAGCAGGCAGAAUAUGUGUAAUUCGAGGUGAAUUAACACUUGGUGCAGCAGUUGACCGCAUUAAAGCAUAUACAAAAUUGAAGGACCUGAAAUUAGCAAUCGCUGUCAACCGAAACAUCGAGUCUCCUAUUCGAACGUUUGCUGUGUGCGCUGGAUCUGGUACAAAUGUUCUAAAGGGAGUGAAAGCAGAUUUGUAUAUCACAGGUGAAAUGUUUCAUCACGAUAUAUUAGAUGCUAAUCAUCAAAACAUCCAUGUGAUUCUGCUGAACCAUAGCAAUUCGGAACGAGGUUAUCUACCAAUCUUUCGCCAGAUUCUACUUAGCAUGCUCAAAAAAUAUCAGGGUAUUCAGAUUGAUGUAUCUGAACAGGAUAUUGAUCCAUUGCAGACUUAUUGAUUUCCGGUGUACCACUGGUUAUGCUCGUAGUAUGAUCCUGGACAAUUGCAACAGCAGCAAUCGCAUAACCAGCGACAGUUACCGUCGACUCAACUUUCCAGCGAUAGCGGUGUCACUUCGGGUGGCAAUAAUUCCGUUUUUCUUCCCUCGGUUGCAGUAAGUAAUCAACGACAAGCCAAACAAAAGCGCGUUGUUUGUAGUAACAAGAAACGAAAAUCUAGAUAAGUUGAUAUUCGAUAAAAUAAUCAACAAUCAAAAUAAUUUUGAUGUAAAUAGUGUAAUCGAGCUGUAGGAUGUAUUUCUUUAAGCAUUCAAUCGAUUUGUACGAAUAACGUUGAAAAGUACUAAGUACUUACAUGAAGCAGAUAACAAUCUUUUGAGCGUUGUCAUGAUAAACAAUCUGGAAUUUUACACAAAUUGAAUCGACCUUCUCUAUUGGUGAUUUAACACAAAUCAGUCCAGAAUUCCCCGUGAAUAUUGUACUUUUUUCAACUCUUAAUAACUGCAACGUUCAGGUACAAAACUAAACUAACUUGAUGCGAUUUUCUCUGUAAACCGGCAUCUGUUGCUGUUCAUAAAUCUCGCCAAACAUGUGAAAAGAUCCCAUGUGCCAUAUGUAAACAAGCCAAAUUUUCUCGUUUUUUGAUUAAUACAAGCAAAAUCUGCCCUUACCACUAAGCUUUAUUGAUAAAAGAAUUUACUCUUAAUCAAACAAUCUUAUUUGUACGGGUAGAUUAAGCUUGUAUUUAUUGAAAAACGUGAAAUUGUGGCUUGUUUACAUAUGGCACAUGUGCCCUUUUCACAUGUUUGGCGAGAAAUGUAUUGCCAAAUGAAGGAAAUGUCAUUAAUUUUCCUUUUAAGUCGAGAAAUGUUCAAUGUGUCAGGUGAUGCCAUAUGGCAUCAUUGGAUUGAUUCAGGUUGAGCAUGAGCAUGAGCAUGAUUGAUCGCCCGCGGUUGCUACUCUGUUAUUGCCAGGUCAGCUGUAUUUACACAGGGAACCAAUUGAUGAUGUUUGAGAUUAACAUACAUCAUCAAUGUGUAAAAACUGGUGACCUCAAUCUUUUUAUUGGACAAUACCAGCGCCGGCCGCAUCCGAAUGCAGAUCAAAUAAGAAAUGUGUAUAGGAAUAUGAUGACAUGAUACUCGCUUUGAUGGAAGCCGAGAACACCUCUGCACUUCCACGAGAAAUCACUGGGAGGUCGGAUAAAAGGGUAGGGUUUGUUGCAGCAUAGUUCGUUUUGGUAAACGGUGCGCUGCCACCGAGUCUCUCUUACCGUAUCACGUCUUUUAUGACAGCCACCGACGACGUCGACGAUCACGAUAGCGUUAAUAUUCCUAACCGAUAUCCACGAAAGUUCUCGCAUAAUACACUCGAAAGACUGAAAAUUUAACGGUUAUUAGGCCAGACAAUAUAUUUUAAAUUGCAUCCACAACCAUAAUCGCAAUAUGAAUAUACAAGCAAAUCGGAAGGUAAUUACUUUCUGCGGCCUUGCGUAAUUUUCGUUAAUUGAACGUAUCGCACUAUACUACGCGUUUUAGUUCCAGCAAGUGUUAUUUUAUUGAUUGAUUUUAUUGAUUGAACCUAAGUCAAACCCUAUUGAACAACCGUACGUCGAACGCGAAUAGAUGGCAAUUAUACCACUGGGAAAUAUAUUAAAAAGCAUUGUCGUCAACCAUGAAAUGAUGGAUUAUGCGCUCGGGAAACUACUCGGGAAAUUUUUUUAUACUUAAUUAAAUCAACAAUUAUACCGCGCGCGACAUGUGUUAUAAGCCGGCCAUUGUAAAGGUAAUCUUGAACGCGUUGAAGAAGCUCGCUAACGUAGGUAGAAAUGAACUAAGUAUCCUAAUGAAUUCAAAAACUGGCAAUUUUUCAUGCAUCCAAAGCCCGUAAAUUUCAAAAACGAAAAAUUGCAUGAGUUUUUUUUAAAUGCCAAAAUUGUCAAUAUCAGAAUACAACCGGCAUAGACUCGUAACACGCAGACUUACGAGACACCAAAUAAUCACUCAAAAGUUGAAUAUAUGUAACAGUAUUUUUCAAAAGCUGUAAAAAUCAUAAAACUUGACGAAAUACCCACAAAACUAUGCCUUAUUUUAAGUUUGCUAAAUGUUGAAAAUAUCAUGCUUAAGAUCCAAAAGAAAACCCGCAAAUAUCUGCAUUUGAAUAAUCUGUAUAUAAAUAAUCUGUACACGAGCCCGUGUAACCUGCGAUCUGCGGACAACUCCACACAUCUAGCAAGCAGCUGUAGUUUGCAACUACUGCUCAAAAUAAAUCUCUCAUCGACCUCACACAAUACCCUCACUCGUUUAUUAGAUCAUAGUGAACCUGUAAGUCAGAGAACCGACAAGGCACCCACCGUCAAGGCAACCGUCAACAUCAAAACAGACGAGCUGUAUAAUUUUUGGUGUGGUAGCCGCCCCAUCGGGGAGCCCCCCGCCGACCCUCCAACACACAGGCUUACUAAUUAGAUACAAAGCCAAUUCGUCUGUGUAUCUCUCACAUAGUUAUCGACUCAAGAGUUACCUAUUGAAUGAAAAAACUAGUAAAAUUCCAUGCAUUCAAAGCCAUAAAAAUUUAGAAAAUUCAGAUACACUUUUUCCUCAGAACAAUGCGCAUAAAUGUAUAUAAAACCGAGCAGAGUUCCAACUCCAUUUGAAAAAUGCCAAACCAAUCGCAAUCAAAGUAUGUUUCAAUAUAAUUGUUUGAAAAAGAAAAGUUUAUUUACGGAAAUAUUUAUCCAAAAGCUAGAAAAAUCAUAAAAUGAAAUCCGCGAUUCUAUGAGACAAUUCCAAAUAUCAUGCGCCAAAAGUAAAUUGUAAGGAUUCUAUAUACUAAAACUAUCGACGUUAAAGCAAGACGCAUAUUCAACGAUUUGAUUAGAAAUUUAUGUGUGCCUAUUACCUUUCAUAAACACAAUUCAUCUAUUCCAUCUCUCAUGAACUCUAAUAGACAACAAUAUUCCACAUAACCACAUAACAAUAGGGGUCUUCACAUCGAGCUCGCAUACGAACACCCAGCCGUAAACUGUGUAUCUUCCGUUACUCGUCAAUGGAGGUGAGUAUUUUUACGGCUGGGUAUUUGUUUACGAGCUCGACAUGAAUACCCAUAAUAUAAAUCUCCAAGAAAGCACCCUAAUUUAACUCUUUUUCCUAUUUGGACAAUCAAUACAACUAUACAAUUAUUCAGGAACAAUAAAAACAGUACGCUACGUCGCUGCGCAAACUGGUAACUACGCGGUAUCCGGUGGCAUAUAAAGCCUGUAUCAGACUAACCGUUGCAGCGGUCAACCGCUACCGUUCCGUUCUUUUUCGACCAAUCAGAACACAGCGGUUGCAAAAAAUAGAAUUAUUUCUAUUUUUGCCGUCAACCGUUCCCAAUCAAUUUGUUGACCAAUUUUACAUAAGAAAUGCUAUAUUUGACCGUUGGGAACGGUUGGCGGCAAAAAUAGAAAUAAUUCUAUUUUUUGCAACAACAACAAGCGACGGUCGACCGCUGUGUUCUGAUUGGUCGAAAAAGAACGGAACGGUAGCGAUUGACCGCUGCAACGGUUAGUCUGAUACAGGUUUAAACCAUAUUCGUGAACCAUUUAGAAAAAAAAAUAUUUCCAAACGCGGAUCGUGUAUGUCGAACCGAUCGCGCUGAUAAGUUAACCUACCUGACUAUUCUCAGUUGCUUCUACUUGUGGUCUUGUGGGUGAAAAGAGAGUAAAACAUUUCGAGACUCAACGCAUCGCACAAUUUGACUUGCGAAAAAAAAGCACUACUAGCAACCGGAAAGCUACCAACAGAUCACACUUUUACACUUCUGCCGAAGUGCGAUGAAAACCACUACACACAAGGCCUAUGCAUUCUCGAAAUGAUCGACACAAAAACAUAUGUAUCCUUUCGAUGAUUACUAUGCCAGCAAAACAAGCGCCAACUAGCACCUAGCAUCACAGCAGACACGACAGCGCAACGCUGCUCUCUCCGCUCUCCAAGUAUUGCCUUUCUUUUCGUACACACCAUCAUGCGGUCCAUUUGCGCAUGUCCAUAAUGAACCGCUAGUUAGUGCGACGCACAAAGUAUGCACUCACACUCACGCAACUUAGCUUGCCUUGCAAUUGGCAAUUUUAAUACGUGGAUAAAUAAAUAAUCACUCCCACGCAAGGAACACUACGUUUUUCACUAAACCUUCACUUUUCUCACAUAAACGAAGCAUCACAGACCACAUCUUUACACUUUUAAACAGGUUUGGCCACAUAAUUCAUUUAUAAAUUAAUAACCUAAACGGAGAACUUUCAGGGCACGUGUUAUCAAAUAGCCGUCGGCAUCAUUGGAUUGAUUCAGGUAAACGCAAAACUAAAAACGACCGUGCGACUUCUGGAUUUUAAGUUCAGAACUAGGAAAAUGAUGAUAGAUUUAAUUUUUAGCAUAGACUAAAGAGACAUAUAACGAAUUUCUUUAUUCCACUGUGUGCGGGCAAAACUGCCGAGCAAUAAUAAAACGUCAUCGCCAUUUAAGACGCAAGAAAGAGAGAGAUGCCAGAUAAUUGUUUACGAAUUUAGCACGUGAGGUGAUGGGUUGAAGCUGACAAAUUUUACAGCCAAGUAUGCUGACAGUUCUACAAGGUAUGCUACAUUUUGUCUAUCCACGCACACAAACAAAUCUCGUUAUGAAAAAUUUCGCGUUUUGUAUGGAAUUCGGAACAUUUUUGGAAAUUUCUCGUUUUAUGUUGUUUUAUAUUUGAUUUUUUUGGUUGGAGAGUGAAUCUCCUCUGGAGAGUUGCAACACACUAGAAAUAGAUAUUAAUUUAGAUUUAGUGUGAAAAAUUGCGACAAUAUGUCGAAAUAAAAUAUAUAAAAAUGCUAUAUUUUCAAUAGUUGGAGCAUAAUCUUAGUCAUUGUCAUAGCUCAUGACUUUUGUUACUGUAUGAAACAUACGCGACUCUAUUUAGAAGCGCUAUAAGAGUACAAGAAAAAAACGAAAAGUGCAAAAAGGUUACCGGCAAAAUGAUGAAAAACAGCAUAUUUUACCUAAACCCCAGCGUGUUUAUGUAUUUCUCACGAAUAAAACAUUUUUCUACAUCAUUUCUAUAACUUUUCAGGGAAGUAUGUUUUAUAAGUUUUGUUUAAAAUGCAUAAUCAUUUCAAAUUUCAUACAAAAUCUGAAAAAGUUCAUAACGCUCACUAAUGCUAAUGCAUCGACGUGAAUAGCAUACCUUUUAGAACUGUCAUUUAUACUUGGAUUUUACAGUGCGCUUCGGGCAGCACGGCAGGUCAAAACUGGGUCAAAAUCGAGCGAAUAAAGAAGGGUUUUGACAGCAGUUAGUGCGCUUCCAGGUCAAAACGAGGUAAGCUGGUUGAAUACAGAAAUUCGAUAAUAGAUAUCCAAGUUGGGCUUCGCUGCAUAUAAUCUCAAGCAUAGACUAAAGAGACAUAGAUAUCCAAGUUGGGCUUCGCUGCAUAUAAUCUCAAGGCAACACUAUGAACUUGCCAUCUGUAGGCCGUUGGGUGAACUAAAGCAUAUCCACUCGGAAAAAUAUCAUGGUACUCCUUAUCAUUUCAGUGGUGAGCUUGACCAGAUUCUCACACCCAGAAAAAUAUCAUGUUACUUUCAAUCAGAUUUGUAUGGCGGUUUUCAAUCGACUUUACAAUAUAAUCUAGAUGAUUUGCAAUUUCAAUUUAUCACAACAACAAUGCAAAGAAACCUCGCGUAAUUUUACAGAUUAGCAUGAGUCACAAAAUGUAAAAAUCUCAUAGAUACUCUCAUCGAAUUGUCGAAGGUGACGAAAAGAAAAAAAAAAAGCUUCACAUUCACUUAAAUUAUUUUAGCAUUGUUUAUGUUGUACUUGACGUUCGUGAAUUUUGACGAAAUAAGUUAUGCUAUGCUUUGCUACUCGUUGUAAGUGAAUUUUGAGGAUAUUAAGAGACGUAUAUAACAACGAUUUUCAACACCGUAAUGUAAAGCCUUAGUUAAAAAUAGCGUUUAGCGGUAUUCACCAGAAUAAAUAUUGUAUCGUUUUUAAAUAGAACUUAAAAGGAUGAGUGAAAAUUUUCAAAUUUGAUUUUCUCAGUUCUUUGCAAAUAUGAAUAAAUCGAUUUGAACAUUCAAGCAAGUAAUAGUGAAAUUGAUAAUGAAUGAGAUCACAAACAAUAAUCUGCAACGGAAGCUACAAACCGAAUAGGAGAACAUCCUACAGCAUUAUUUGACGGCUGAGGCAGAAUUAUUAACCCAAUCAGUUCCGCAAAGGGAUUAAAGCUGUAUAGUGGUUCUCAAUCGACUAUUAAAAUUGGUACAAACAACAAAUGAGUUAUGCUAAUGAUGACUAGAGCAAGAUACCUGACUUAAUACAUUUUGCUAGCGACACGUUUAUAACGGUGCCAUCUGAUGACCUUAAAACUGUGAUUAUUAGCAAAAUCGAUUUAUCAUGCUCAAUCCGCUAGAUGAAAACGAAAACAAGAUGGCAAUACCGUAUAAGGAUAUUGAAAAUUAGAUGACAGGACCAUACAAUGAUAUUGAAAAACAUGCUUCACCUUUCACCACCUUGUCGUCAUCACCAAAUUAACGGUAUAGUUCAAUUUUCGUUGACGCGCAGCGAAAGUCGUGUCCGCUGCAUACUGCAAGAGUUACUCUUGCAUAACCAAAGAUGACUAGUACACAAUACGUUACUCUUGAAGAGUAACGUAUUGUGUACUGAUCAUCUUUGGUUAUGCUUGAAAAUAUAUUGUUGAAACGACUAUGAACGAUUAGUCAUACUAUCUUCAAAAUAAAUAAUUCAUAUCAUGGCCAUCUCAUACAUUGGCAUUUAUUAUAGUCCUGUUGUAAUAAAUUAUUAUUAUUAUCUAGACCAUAUAGAUUAGUCUGUUAAAACACCGCGCAAAUCUGACCAAGCCUAAAAAGAUGGCAAUUACCUUAAUAUUUUUCUGUGUGUGCUUAUUAAAUGUAGUUCACCCAACCGCCAUCAUACUCGGAGGGGCGCCCGGAUUGUUGGUUGAGUUGGAUAUCUAUGUUUCAAUGAUCUAUGCUUUUGCUCACCCUUAUAAUAUCGAUAAUUAUCGUUACCGUAAAAAAAUUAACGAUAAUAUCGAUGUCCAGAAUUUAUCGAUAAGUAUCUCAUCACUACAGGGCUAAAGCCUGUAGUACCUCUUUGUCUAAUGGUCAAAUAUUUGACCUUCUGACAUAAUGGACAAAUUUAUUUGAUUAUGAUGUUGUUUGCCCGUGUUUGACCCAUGUUAAAAUUGGAGAGUGGCAAACAAUUAUAUUUGACAAAAUUUUUAUCUGUCAAAUAGUGCCAAAUAUUUGACGCUCGGUCAAAGAGUGUAAUACAGGCUCAAGAGAAGAGUGGCCAAGAUGAUACCUCGGUUCGCUCCAAUGAGAAUAAAAGCUUUUAUGCUCAUUGGGUUUGCUCCAGGUUUUUUGCUUCAAACGUGAUUGGCUGAUUUUGACAGCACGCGUGUGUGACAAUAUUCAAAAGGGGUUCAGAUUGCCCAUCAUUAAGUAAGUGAAAGUUCAAUACUGUGGACACAAUUUUGUUUUGGUUGCGGUAUAUAAAAGCAAAAAUGAAUUUGAAUGAAAUGCCAAGCGUUUGGUUUUAAAACCUACUGUGGUGGUUCCGGUCUAGGCAUUAAAUUUUAUCCAUUUACCAAGGAUGCAGGAGCUUAUUGACAGUUGCUAAAAAUAUGCGUGAAUCUGAAAAAGAUAUUCCAAAUUUGAACAUCCCACGCAAUAGUCGAAUAUGCAGGGAAGAUAUUUUUUUAUUAUUAUGUUAUUACAACGAACAACUACAUUGUAACGUGAAAUUAAGCUUUUCUUCACAAACAACCAUUUGACCCCUGAUUUACAAUCUCCUAACUGGUUUCGAGGUACGAUGCUGCCCUAACAAUCCAGUCGUCGUAUGUUCUCGAAACCCGGCUCGGGACUGUUGGUUUCAGCAAGAUCGUAGCGCCUAGUCCCGCAAUUGUAUACUAACUAAGAAAUCUGUGUAUAAUAAACAGAAGGUCGAGUUCCGAUACGGAUUGUAGCUCCAAGGCUUUGCUUUGCUUUUGCGACAGAAAUUGAGUGUUUUGCCGAGUAUUUUUAAUUGUAUUCUAUUAAAAAUUUUAUCAUCAAAAAAUUUAUUUUGUUUCGAAUAAAGUCUGGAGAAGUGAGAAAAACAAGAAGAAAAAGUUUGACAAUAGAAGUAUGAUGAUCUUAAUAUAGACGAAAUUUUGUUGUAUUGUUUUAUAUGUUGUUUGUAGUAUAAUUUUCAUUGUUGUGCUUUUUGUUAAAUAAAAAUAAAAUUAAUAAAUUUUUCUGGUUGCACUGAAUUUUGCGUAAGGCAAACGAAAAUAAUGUUCAACCGGGGAUAUGUUUCAUACUAGAGGAUAAGAGGAAGAAGCCACUUGGCCACUCUUCUCUUAGCUACAGGGUAUAUAAAUUAGGUUCAUUGUACAGAUAAAAUGCGUUGUAUAUUUUUGAACUCUA